GUCUGAAAUUCACAACCAUACCGAGGCAGAAAUCUUUUGUCAUGGCGGGACAGUGAGGCGCACAUGUCUUCCGAAGAAUUUUUGACGUAACCCAUGAUUAAGUGCAAUUUCUGAAGUGCGACUGACCCGCGACAAUCUCCGCCCCACACAAUGGCAUCCCCAACCCCAUCUCAGAGCGACACGCUCACAACAGCCUCCAACUCCUCUGACAGUGAGAUGGAGUCUGCUGGCCUCAACACUCGCUGCAGUCUCUGUAACGACACCUUCUCCAUGCCCAAGGUGCUCAGCUGCUUCCACACCUUUUGUCAGCCAUGUCUAGAAAAGAUUCAGGAUGAAACAGACAAAGUCACGUGUCCCGAGUGUCACUUUGAUACAUAUCUCGGGGCCGAGGGGCUCACAGGACUCAAGCAGGACUACGCAGUAAGCAACAUUCUGGAGACUUCGGCCCUAGACCCAAGUGCCUUGCAUUGUACAGGAUGCAAAAGCAAAGAAACAAACGCUGUUGCACGCUGUUUUGACUGUGCCAACUUCCUGUGUGCAAACUGUGUCAUGGCUCAUCAGUUCAUGCACUGUUUUGAAGGACAUCGAGUAGUGAGCUUGGGAGACCUACAGAUGAACAAGGAGGAGGGCUCCAAGUCUGACAAGCCAGUCAGCUGUCCCAAACACAAGAAUGAUGUGCUCAAGUUCUACUGCAAGACAUGUGCACAGCCAAUCUGCAAGGAAUGCACAGUAUUUGACCACGGCCGGGGCCACGAAUGUCAGUUCCUAAUGGAUGUAGCAGACAAACAAAUAGACAUGUUGCGCCACCUAGAGGGUGAUGCCAGAAGCAAAGUGGGAGAUCUGCGACUUUCGGCCAAAGGAAUAGAGCACAUCUCAGCAACACUUCAGUCCCAGUACCACAAGGCCCAGAAUGACAUCAAUGACACGUACAACUUUUAUCGGGCAAUGCUAGAGGAGCGAAAGACGGAGGCAUUAAAGGAACUGGACCAGGCUUUCAACACCAAACAGGUUGGAAUCAGCACACUGGCACAGAAGAUUCAGGAAAGUGUGGAGAAGCUGUAUCAAGGUGUAGAGUUCAUCGACAAGCUCCUGAAACAUGCCUCCAUCACCGAGGCUUUGCUGCUGAAAAACUUUGUAGAACAGAGGUUCCAGAACAUGUUCAACUUCCUUCCGGACCUCAACAACCAGGGUUAUUUUGAGAUUGAGUUUGUCUCCAACUUCCAGGCAAUUCAAGCAGGCGUGCGCAACACAUUUGGAUAUGUGAGACAAGGAAACGAGGCAUUACAAACACAGAAACCUCAGCCAAUUGCUCGCCCGACUACCAAUGGUUUCAUUCCGACAACGUCCAGUCUGAGCAAUGGUCACAUUUUUGACCAAGUUGACACUGUUAACCUUGCCAAAGACUUUGGGAGCCCAGGUCUUAUCUUUCCUCCCAAUGACAGCAACCAGUACGAGAAGUGGUCCAGUGGCCUUGACAUUCUCUCGAAUGGCAUUGAUGUGUUCUCACCUUCUGCCGACCCAAUAAAUGACCUCACAUCGAAACUCAUCAGCUCCAGCAUCUACCCACCAAAGUCCCAGAUCAGACGACAGAAGAUGAUCUAUCACUGUAGGUUCGGGGAGUUCGGAGUCCUGGAAGGCCAGUUCACCGAACCAAGUGGGGUUGCUGUCAACGCCCAGAAUGACAUCAUUGUUGCUGACACCAAUAAUCACCGAAUCCAAAUCUUUGACAAGGAAGGCAGGUUCAAGUUCCAGUUUGGAGAGUGUGGAAAACGUGAUGGACAACUACUUUACCCAAAUCGAGUGUCAGUUGUCAGAUCGUCAGGGGAUAUUAUCGUCACUGAACGCAGUCCCACACACCAAAUCCAGAUCUACAACCAGUAUGGUCAGUUUGUUCGCAAGUUCGGCGCAAACGUGCUGCAGCACCCACGAGGGGUUACCGUUGACAACAAAGGCAGGAUCAUCAUCGUAGAGUGCAAAGUGAUGAGGGUCAUCAUCUUCGACCAGUUCGGUAACGUCCUCAACAAAUUUGGUUGCUCCAAGCACCUUCAGUUCCCAAACAGCGUUGUCGUCAACGACAAGGAAGAGAUCUUCAUCAGCGACAACCGUGCCCACUGUGUAAAGGUCUUCAACUACCAAGGUGUAUUUCUGCGUCAGAUCGGCGGAGAGGGUGUCACCAACUACCCAAUCGGAGUGGGCAUUAACUCUGCAGGAGAGGUUCUCGUGGCUGACAAUCACAACAAUUUCAACUUGACCAUCUUCACACAAGAAGGCCAACUCAUCAAUGCCCUUGAAUCCAAGGUCAAACAUGCUCAGUGCUUCGACGUUGCUCUGAUGGACGACGGUUCAGUCGUUCUUGCCAGUAAAGAUUACAAGCUAUACAUCUACAAAUACAUUCAAGAAGAGAAAACAGGAACAGUCAUGAGCAAGUUUGAUUAUAUGUAUCGACGUCUCCUCCUCACCAAGUUCUUCACAAAAGGAUGGGGAAAACCGGAAAAUCUCAAAAGAUUGUUUGAGUUCAGAAAAAUCAUAUCAAAUCGGGAAACAUGCAAACAUCUUGUGCCAAACAACUACCCGGUUCAUAUUACUAAGGAUGAGGUACAGAAUGACUGCCGUGUGAUGGAGGGCUACUUCCAAUCUCCCUUCACUAAGUUCUUGCCAGGGAUCAUGCCAGUUGAAUCAGAAAAAGCCAAAUUUCAGAUUAUUUUGCCAAAGAACUGGAAGCAUGGAAAAUUAAAACCUGUCUGUCUCCAUCUGGCUGGCACAGGAGACCAUUUCUUCUGGCGGAGGAGAACCUUGAUGGCACGACCACUCCUGAAGGAAGCUGGCAUCGCAUCCAUACUGCUGGAAAACCCUUACUAUGGGGAAAGGAAGCCAAAGUAUCAAUUACGGUCUAGCCUCCAUAACGUGAGUGACCUGUUUGUGAUGGGUGCUGCCCUGAUACUGGAGUCCCAGGUGCUCUUACACUGGUGUGAGAAGCAGGGCUGGGGGCCCCUGGGCAUCACCGGCAUCUCCAUGGGGGGACAUAUGGCAUCCCUGGCAGCCUCAAACUGGGUCAAGCCUCUGACACUGGUGCCAUGUCUGUCCUGGAGUACCGCUUCUGUCGUCUUUACACAGGGGGUGAUGAGUGAUGUGUGUGUGUUGCAGGGGGUCCCCGUGGCUUAUUGGUGCUGGAGUCUGAGUGCAGUAUUUCGAGGACCAUGUGUAUGAACAGGAGAUCAAGAAGCUGAUCUACUCACCAGAGGAGGCGCUGCGUGGAGCAUAUGGUAUGGGGAAGAUGUUUGUGUCUGGCUUCUCAUCUCGGAACUCUGACACAGACAUAAACAUGGACGUGGUAAAGAAGCCUGGCAACAUCAGGCCAUCAGGAACUCCC